CAACGUUCUCAAUUCUCAAAAAUUGUUGAACAAUUUAUUUUUCUUCGAAGAGUGAGUGAGCGUGGUUGUGCUGGGGUUUUUCACUGCAGUGAAGCUCCCUCAUGGACCGUUUGCGUCCUCGGAACAGAGCCACCUUUUCUGGAUUCACAAACGCCGAGAUUGAGAAAAUGGACAAGUUAUCAGGUGAAUCACAGGGACGAUCGUUCGACCGCGAAUUUUACCAGAAGCUCACUGCAUCUUUCAACCGUUCGUCUGGUCGUGCUGGGAAACCUACUGUAAAAUGGACCGAGGUACAAAGUUGGUUUCAGGCUAGAAUUCAAGACUUACCAGAAGUCCCUGAAAAUAAUUUGGAGUCUUCUCAAGGCAAAUGUAAGGAAGGAGAAACUAUCCGAGACCCAUCACAGUUGGAAUUUGAAGCGAGAUCAACAAAAGAUGGAGCAUGGUAUGAUGUUGAGGCAUUUUUAGCUCACCGAUUUGUUGGCACGGGAGAAGCUGAAGUCCGUGUCAGAUUUGUGGGAUUUGGAGCUUCGGAAGAUGAGUGGGUCAACAUAAAAGAUUCAGUCCGAGAGCGCUCUGUUCCUUUUGAAAGCACGGACUGUUCCUACCUGAAUGUUGGAGAUCCUGUCCUGUGCUUCCAGGAGAGGAGAGAUCAAGCAAUUUACUAUGAUGCUCGUAUAUUAGAGAUUCAAAGGAGAAUGCAUGAUAUUAGAGGCUGCAGGUGUCUCAUCUUAGUUCGGUAUGAUCAUGACAACACUGAGGAAAGAGUUCGCUUGAGGAGACUUUGUCGCAGACCAUAACUGAACUUGGUUUCAAUUCCUUUGGACAUUUGGACAAGUAUAGUGAGGCAAGUAGCACUUGACAUUUUGAGUAUUCGGCAAAUGUAAAAGCUGGAACAUGUAUAAAUUGGAAGGUGAAACUUUUUGGGAAAUAUUUGUGCUUGUAAGCCAUCCUUUUUUUGUUAUUAGUAUUUUAGCAGAAAAGUACAGGAGUGGUAAAGGAAGGCAUUGUCAAAAGUUUUGCCAGAACAGUUUUUAGCACGCUUUUCUUUGAUGAAUAUUGCAUAUAGGGGUGAUGAGUAAAAAAAUUAAGCAAUAUUUUUGAAAAAGACAAUGAAGCCCUCGCUAUUUUAUAUUA